AUGGCAGUCUCUUUUCCUCGUCUUCCGAGGUGGUUGUGUGGUGGUAACACUAAAGAGAGGGAGAAGAAAGAGUCCAUACCAAAAGGAUCUUCUUCACUGAGUCCUUCACUCAAGAAGAGUAAGACUGGUUCUUCUUCUUCUGCGGUGAAGAAGACGAAGAGAGGAUGGAUUGGAAGAGGAGGGUCAGGAGGAGAGGAAGAGAAGAUGGGGAAUGUGGUGUUCCCUGAACCAGAUGAUCCAGAGUGGUCAAUUGGCUGGGUUGAACCACAUGGACCAGGGUUUAUAAGUGAGGAUGAGAGUGGUGGGUUUGUGGUUCUCGUUCCUUGCUACAAGAAAGUGAUGGAUGGUUCAGGGAAUCAGAUUCCAAAUGGCUUCUUCUCUCCUGCUCCUGAUGGGAAGAAUAUGGAACAGUGGCUGUCGUCUAUGGGGAAGCUAUAA